GAAGAACUAUGCGGUUCAUCCUGCCUUUGGGUUUGAUCGCUACCACCCUUGCAGUGGCUCCUGUCCGCUUUGACAGGGAGAAGGUGCUCCGCCUGAAGCCCCAGGAUGAAAAACAAGCAAACAUCAUAAAGGACUUGGCCAAAACCAACCAGCUUGACUUCUGGUAUCCAGAUGCCAUCCACCACGUAGCUGUUAAUAUGACGAUAGAUUUCCGAGUUAGUGAAAAGGAAUCCCAGUUCAUCCAGUCUACCUUGGAUCAAAAUAAAAUGCACUAUGAAAUCUUGAUUCAUGAUCUACAAGAAGAGAUUGAGAAACAGUUUGAUGUUAAAGAAGAUAUCCCAGGCAGGCACAGCUAUGCAAAAUACAACAACUGGGACAAGAUUGUUGCUUGGACUGAAAAAAUGGUGCAUAAGCAUCCCAAAAUGGUCUCUCGUAUUAAAAUUGGAACCACUAUUGAAGAUAAUCCACUAUAUGUUCUCAAGAUUGGGAAAAGGGAUGAAAGAAGAAAGGCUAUUUUUAUGGAUUGUGGCAUUCAUGCACGAGAAUGGAUCUCCCCAGCAUUCUGCCAGUGGUUUGUCUAUCAGGCAGCCAAAACUUAUGGAAAAAAUAAAAUUAUGACCAAACUCCUGGACCGAAUGAAUUUUUAUGUUCUUCCUGUAUUCAAUGUUGAUGGAUAUAUUUGGUCAUGGACACGGAACCGCAUGUGGAGAAAAAAUCGUUCCAAGAACCAAAACUCCAAAUGCAUCGGCACUGACCUCAACAGGAAUUUUAAUGUCUCAUGGAACUCUUUUCCAAACACCAAGAAUCCAUGUGCAGAUACCUAUCAGGGCCCAGAACCAGAGUCCGAGAAAGAGACCAAGGCUGUCACUGACUUCAUUAGAAGCCACCUGAAAUCAAUCAAGGCCUAUAUCACCUUCCACUCCUAUUCCCAGAUGCUACUGUUUCCCUAUGGAUAUACAUCAAAACUGCCACGGAACCAUGAGAACCUGGCCAAAGUUGCAAAGAUCGGCACUGAUGUUCUAGCAACUCGAUAUGAAACCCACUACAUCUAUGGCCCAAUAGCAUCAACAAUCUACCCAACAUCAGGUUCUUCUUUAGACUGGGCUUACAACCUGGGCAUCAAACACACAUUUGCCUUUGAACUCCGAGAUAAAGGCAAAUUUGGUUUUCUCCUUCCAGAAUCUCUGAUAAAGCCAACCUGUAAAGAGACCUUGCUAGCUGUUAAGUUUAUUGCCAAGUAUAUCCUCAAGCAUACUUCCUAAAGAAGUGGCCUCAGUUUGGAAUAAGCCAAUUAAUCCUUCUUUGUGCCUUUUACCAGAAAGUCAAUCUUCAAUUAUCCCGAGAUAUAACUUCCACAUUACAUGAAUAGGUCCCUCUCUUGCUCACUUAAGUCCUACGUUAAUUCUUUUUGCUUUUAUUUACUCUUAAUAGCACCUUAACAAAUAGCUUUAAGUGAAAGCUUUCAACUAUCUUUCUUUGCUCCAAAUAAAGUUCGAACCCAGCAAAAAGUAUAUUUUGAGUAUUCUGAAACAUGAUAUACAGUGGGUCACAGAAAAGAAAUGAGAACCUUCUCCAGAAUCAGAUUUUCCAUGUGGCUUCAGCAUUUCAUGUAAUAAUAUAAUAAAAUAAAUUGUAUUCCAAAAUGCAUCUUCUGUUUUUUUAUAAACUAUACUCUCUACAUUUCUCUAUUAGCGUUAAUAAUCAAGCAUUAAUGUGUCUCAUGCAGUCGGUUAAUAAGAAAUAAUAUCUUCAAUU